CCACCCUACUGGGAUCUGCACGCAUCAUCCGAAAAUACAUCACACAGUCCUAGAUACUUGGGAAGUGUUUGACUUGUGAUUUUGUGAUAUGAAAUCCAGCAUGUCUAUCUUGUUUGCUGUGUCAUACAAUAAAAUAAUAAUAAUAAUAAUAAUAAUAAUAAUAAUAAUAAUAAUAAUAAUAAUAAUAAUAAUAAUAAGGGUUGUAAGAGAAGAAGAGACCCCUUGGGUCAUUUAGCCCAACCCCCUUCUGCCCUUGUGCCGUGAGGGCCGGAUAAAUUGCUUCGAUGGGCCGCAUCCGGCCCCCGGGCCUUAGUUUGGGGACCCCUGCUGUAGUGUUAUCUAUUUUUAUUCUUGAAUGUGAGCCGAAAAUGCCAUGUUAUUCUUUCCCUUCUCCAUUUGGAUGUGUUCUUUCUUAAAGCCGGGAGAGCAAGACUUUUGAGCAGGAAUUCCCUUUGGGCAACAAAAACAAAGCAAGUCGGCUUCCAGAGCAGGAGCCAAGAAGUGCGUGGAGGUGGUGCUGGUUUUGGGAGAUGGGGCAGGACCUGGAUGGCGAGGAAGGCAGCCCAGGGGGGGGGGGGGAGAGAGAAGGAGCUCCUCGCUUGCAGCCAAGGCUCCUUUCCUGCCAAGGAGCAGUGGGAACGGAGAGAGCUCUUCCUCGGGAAACCUGUUGCGGGAUACGGAAUUUCAUUAACUCCGGAUCAGGAGCAAAGAGGUCUCUCUGCCUUUGCUUCUCCGGCGACCCUUCUCCCAAUUGCAGGAGGCUCGUUGUCUUGGAAAUCCCAGCCCCAUGAUGCCUGGACUGCAGUACAGCCUCUUCCUCUUCUUCUGCUUAACGUCCUGCCAGGAAUCUCCGGCUUCCCAGAGCUGCUUGAACAAGCAGCAGCUUCUGGCCACCGUCCGUCAAAUGCAGCAAUUCCUGAAAGGCCAUGAAACACGAUUUGUAGAGGGAAUACGACACAUGAAACACCGACUAACAACCCUGCAAAACACAUUGACUAAAGCUGCGCCAGAACCGCAAGCGGUGUUCUGCCCGGUUCUGGAAGUUCCUCUGCAUGGAAAGAAAUUUGGCACCAAGAACAUGGUGGACCACGAAGUCCAUUUCAUCUGUAAUCCUGGGUUCCAGCUCACUGGUUCCAGUUCUCGGAUGUGCCAGCCUAAUGGUACUUGGACUGGAGAAGCCACUCAGUGCAAAGGUGUCAGUGAAUGCACCCCUCAUUUCUGCCAGAAUGGGGGAACAUGUGUCAAUGAAGGUGAACAGUACAAAUGCAUUUGCUCAAAGGACUGGACUGGCUCCAACUGCCAAUACCAAACACAGACAGUUCCUCCCACAUGGAGCGUGACCAAUGACCCAGGAUUCAGUCGAAAACCACGCUGUGCCAAAUUUGACCAUAUGCAGCAAUGCAGCUGUGAAGCCGGCUUCCAUAUGAGUGGCACCUCAGAAAACAGCAUCUGUCAAGAUGUGAAUGAAUGCAAAGUCUACAAGCUGGAGGGAGCCCCCGGCCUCUGUAUGCACACCUGCAUCAACAUUCCUGGCUCCUACCACUGCUCCUGCCCCACUGGGUACCGGCUCUUCAGCGAUGGGAAGAGCUGUGAAGAUAUUGACGAAUGUGUGCUUUUACUACACAACUGCACUACAGGAACAAUGUGUAUUAAUACAGGAGGAGGUUUUCAGUGUGUUAAUCCAGAGUGUCCGAAGCCUAAUGGAAAUGUCAGCUAUGUGAAAACAUCACCAUUUCAAUGUGAGCGGAACCCAUGCCCGAUGGACAGCAGGUCGUGCCAUUAUGCGCCGAAGACCAUCUCCUUCCAUUACCUUCCUCUGCCCUCCAACCUCGUCACUCCCACCCCGCUCUUCCGCAUGGCCACUGCUUCAGCCCCCGGGCGGCCCGGCCCUGACAGCCUGCGGUUUGGGAUUGUGGGCGGAAACAGCCGCGGGCAUUUUGUGAUGCAGCGCUCGGACAGACAGACGGGAGAACUCAUCCUGACGCAAAGCCUGCAGGGACCUCAGGCCACGCAAGUGGAAGUGGACAUGUCCGAAUACCUGGGCCGCUCCUUCCAAGCGAAGCACGUUUCAAAGAUCACCCUCUUUGUCUCAGCUUACGAGUUUUAAAAGCAGCUGGUUUAUACAAGGAAACACAUGACUCAGAGACUGCUCCUGUUCAUCAGGAAUUAUUUGUUUUGUUUAAGCAUGGGAUCCAGUGAGCUGUGCCACAAUCUCUGGGACUGGCAUCAGGCAUGGCUCCCUGGGCACUGUAUGCCUGCAUUAAUAGAAAUCACUUCUUCCUGGCACUGCUAGGACCAUGGCCUGAUAGCCUUUGUAUAUCUGCUCUGGCUGAUCUUCACAUCUUGGAGAAGUGACCUUUUUGGCAGAAUCCCCAGGCAACAUGGCCAAUGGAGAAAUUAUUUUUUUGUUUAUGGGAUUCUAUUUCAAAAAUGUAACUUCUCUAAGGGCAUUAGAUGUCCCAUUGAGCUUUAGAAAGGAAGAAAGGGAAAGCAUAAUAUAAUUUAGUACUAAUCACUCUUGUAGUUCCACAUACACCAUUGCAAUUCCACAUACCUGUCUCCAAAAUGGUCAACCCCAUAUGCCAGCAUACAUGAAGACAGACUGCUCUUAGAAUCAAAGAGUUGGAUUCUUCAUGCACCCUGGCAUGCAAAACUCUCCCAUCAGAUGGUCAUCCAAUCUCUGAUUAAAAAUUUCUAGAGAAGGAGACUUCAUCUCACUCCAAGGGAUCGUAUUCCACUAUCGAACAGCCCCUAUUAUCAUGAAGUUCUUCCUAAUGUUUAGGUGGAAUCUCUUCCAUAGUUUGAAUCUAUUUGUCUAUAUCCUAGUCUCUAGAGUAGUCAGAAAACAAAUUUACACCUUUCUCAAUAUGACAUCUGCUCUUAAAGUCUGUUUUUUGCCCACAGAAAAAGUCAGACAUAGGUGUGUGUGUGUGUGUGUGUGUGUGUGUGUGUGUGUGUGUGUGUAUAUAUAUAUAUAUAUAUAUCAUUAUCUCUAAGAUGAUGCAUAUAAAUAAGAAUAUAUUCAUGCUACUGCAAGAGAUCUUAUUUUGCUGCUGGUUUGACAUAUGUAGAAAUAGUUAGCUGUGGUCAGCUUCCAGUGGAAGUCAACAGAGAGAGCCAUGCUGGAAGACCUAGACUUUUCUAGAAAGGUGUUCUAUCAGGUUACAAAGAUAGCAGUUUUUUUAUUUACAGUUUUUCACUUCCACAGGGGUCCUGUGCCCCUAGGUAAAGGUUUUCCCCUGAAAUUAAAUCCAGUCGUGUCCGACUCUGGGGGUUGGUGCUCAUCUCCAUUUCUAAGCCGAAGAGCCGGCGUUGUCCGUAAAAACCUCCAAGGUCGUGGCUGGCAUAAUCACAUGGAGUGCCGUUACCUUCCCACUGAAGCGGUACCUAUUUAUCUACUCACCUUUGCAUGUUUUCAAACUGCUAGGUUGGCAGAAGCUGGGGCUAACAGUGGGCUCCUGCACCGCUCCCCGGAUUCGAACCUGCGACCUUUUGGUCCCCAAGUUCAGCAGCUUGGCACUUUAAUACGCUGUGCCACCGGGGGCUCCCCCUGUGCCCCCAACCCCAGUGAAUGUGAAGGGUGUCUAUUUCCAUUUUUGCAAUGGAACUCAUGGAGACAAAAAUGUGGCAAAAAUGCUCCCGUCACCUAGAAAACAUGAUGGGAACUUUUAAGAAAAAAUGUUUGGGGUGCCAUGAGAUACAGAUGGUGAGCGUGAUGAUUUCUGAGUGAGAUUUUUAUUACAGCCAACCAGACCUCUGGGAGCUACCUACAAUUAAAAAGUACAGUAGAGUCUCACUUAUCCAACAUAAACGGGCCGGCAGAACAUUGGAUAAGCAAAAAUGUUGGAUAAUGAGGGAUUAAGGAAAAGCCUAUUAAACAUCAAAUUACAUUAUGAUUUUACAAAUUAAGCACCAAAACAUCAUGUUUUACAACAAGUCUGCCGCUUGUUUGGGAGUGUGGCUGCACUUGUGUUGUUGUUGGCCGUGUUGUCCUGCUGUGCAUUAUUGUCUAGAGAAACAGCUGUGGAUCCGGGUGGGAGGCAGGCUGCAUUGGAUAAUACUGGACAUUGGAUAAGCGAAGGUUGGAUAAGCGAGACUCUACUGUGGUUGUUAUUUUCUAACAAGUUGGCUUUGACUAAUGUAAAGUGGCCUAUGCUUAUACCCUAUUACAUCAUGUUUUACCUAAUAUAUUUUUAAAUAAUAUAAUAUUUUUCAUAAUAUAAUAUUUUUACAUUAUUUUUCCAAGCAAUGGCAGUGUAAAGAUUUUUUUGAAACAUUUCCUCAAGUGAUUUGUUUGAGUUUUACUUUUAUGAGAAGCUGUUUCCCACUGAAAUAUCAGAGAACAUGGUGAGCGGGCUUCUAUCAAAGAUAGCUUUGUUUGUAAUUUUUAAUUGAGUAUUUUGGAUUGUACUUAUCUUCUUACACAGUAUAUAUGUGUGUGGGAACAAGAAUGAUAGAAACUGAGACAAACUUAGAGCAAUGUGGAUUAAAACGUAUAUAAAGCCGAACAGUGGCAAACAUCCAUUCCUCCA